CUCUAUCAAUCAAAAAUAAUCAAAAUUUGUUUAUAGUUUUGUUGGCGAUAUUUUUCCAUUCGCUAUCAAAGGAACGAAUUUCAAGAAAAAUGUUAAUCCCACCCGCGGUAAUUGAAAAUAAAAGGUAAAAACAGUAACAACACAAUAAAAAUGGCUUUCCUCGAAGAUUGUCUUAUAGUUUUUGCUUCCCAGUUGGUUUUCUUUGCCGGUGGUUGGUUGUUUUUUGUUAAACAACUUUUCAAAAACUAUGAAAUCCGUCACAUAUCUGUGCAAUUUAUUUAUUCCCUAACAUUUGCAUUAUCAAUAACCAUGUUCGAAUUGAUAAUCUUCGAGAUUCUUGGUGUUUUGGAAUCAUCGUCGAGAUAUUUCCAUUGGAGAUUGGGAUUGACGUUGCUUCUCUUGAUGGUUAUCAUGGUGAUUCCUUUGUAUAUUAUUCAUUCAGUUAUUCAUAGUCUUUCGCUUGUUUCAGAGAAAUGGGUGCGAAUCAUGACAGUAUUGUGUUAUUUUGUGUUCCUCUAUGGGCUUUGGAAGAUCGGAGAUCCAUUCCCAUUAUUAAGUGUAUCUCAUGGCAUAUUCACUAUUGAACAGGGAGUCUCUCGGAUCGGAGUGAUUGGAGUUACUGUUAUGGCCAUUCUGUCAGGUUUUGGUGCUGUGAAUUAUCCCUACGAAAGUAUGACCUACUUUAUAAGGCCUGUUUCCCAAAGUGACAUUGUUGUUCUCGAACGACGGCUAGCUCUAACUGUUGACAUGAUAACUGGGAAGAAAAAACGCAUAGCUCUCGAGCUCAAACGCAACAAACAAAACAACACAAAACCACGAUUGUGGAGUAUUUUAAGUUCGGUAGCAAAUCGAGAUCCUGGAGGAGAGAAUAUUGGUCAGCUUAGAUUAGAAAUUGCUGGAUGCGAGGAGAUACUUAGACAGGUCUUCCUUGAAAUCAAUUCUUUAAAAAACAUGCAAGAACGGCAAAUAUGGUCAAAAACGCUCAAAGGAAGGUACUUCAAUGUUAUUGGGCACUUCUUUAGCGGAUAUUGUUUGUACAAGAUUUUCAUGUGCACAGUAAACAUUAUAUUCGAUCGUGUGGGUCGCAAGGAUCCAGUUACUCGAGGCCUUGAAAUAGCAGUACACUGGUGUGGCUUUGACAUUGAUUUAGCCUUCUGGAAUCAACACAUUUCCUUUUUAUUAGUUGGCUGCAUUGUGGUCACCUCCAUUCGUGGUCUCUUACUCACCCUUACAAAGUUUUUCUAUAGAAUUUCCUCGAGUAAAUCAUCCAAUAUUAUAGUUUUAAUAUUAGCACAAAUUAUGGGCAUGUACUUUUGUUCAUCUGUCUUACUUAUGCGAAUGAAUAUGCCAGCCGAGUAUAGAGUUAUCAUCACUGAAGUGCUGGGCAGUUUACACUUUAAUUUCUAUCAUCGUUGGUUUGAUGUUAUAUUUUUAGUAAGUGCUCUUACCACAAUUGUUGUCUUGUAUAUAUCGCAGAAGCCUUGGAAUCAUGAUUCCAAUAUAGAUUGAAAAAAAUAUGUUGCAAUGUUGCGCUUAAAUCUAUAAAACGUACAUUUAUAAAGAAAAAUAUUUUUAAUUUAAAAUAAUCAAUUUUAAUCCAAAGUGUUUAGUUUUUUAUUUAAAUUAAAAUUAAAAAUUUAGUAAAUAUAAUUUGUAAAACAUUGAACAAAAAAUCGUGAUUAUUUAAAAGAAAAAAAUAAACAUUCCGUUAUAACA